AUGAGCAACCGCGACCCUGACUUUCGACACCAGCUGGGCAGAUUCCGUCUCGAUCCUCCUCCCUCGCAGCUUCCUCUCCCAACCUCAACUCCCACGGUCCCAUCACCGACGUCGGCCCCCUCCGUCUCCGCGUCGACGCCCCCUCCGCCUCUCCGUCCCUCCUCCCGACCAAAACGCGUCUCGACAGCAUGCGACUUCUGUCGCAAGCGGAAGAAGAAAUGUGAUUUUCGCUAUCCUAAUUGCUCCGCAUGCACGCGAGCCGGUGUCCGCUGCACCAUCGCGCCGCCUGGGCCGCAGCUUGCCAACGCCUCCGUUCCCCGCGACCAGCUCGAGAAAUUGCACGAUCGAGUACAAUGGCUGGAGGAUGUGAUUCGCCGCAAGACCGGCAUCGCGGUAGCCGACAAGCCGACGGGAAGUACGCUGGAUGAGGACGGGGAUCCCAAUUUGUGGCACCAGUUACCCGCCAUCAUGAUCAAGGUGACUCCUGGCAGCCCUCAAGACCACGCCUCCACAGUAGGAGGUUCAACAACGGGUGUCGAGUCCAGCGCUAGUCCUGCUUCUGCCAGUACCUCACAUGUAGGGACUGAAUUGCCCAAUGUCGGCGAGAUCUUUCGCGACAAGCUUGAACACCGCCAGCCGUCUGUCGCCCGACCGGCCAUCUCGGUAUCGGCGCCGCGCGUCCUCCGUCUAGCGUCGCUGAGCGAAGCGGAGCGCGUAGCCGGGCAGUAUUUUGACAGUAUGGGAUACCAGUAUCCAUUCCUGCAUCGAGCAGACUUCUUUGAUCAUUUACGACGGAUUUAUGCUGGCGAAAUACCUACGCCCGAAGUGCACUGCAGCUAUCACAUCACCAUCGCCAUUGCCCUGCUUAUCGGGUCAGCUAAUGAUGCAGAGACCCGAGCAAUAGAAUUCUAUCGUGCAAGCAAUGAAACACUUUCAAUUGCGCUGCACAGUGAAGAUCUAACUGCUCUGCGUGCGUUGCUGAGCCUGGCCCUGUACACCAUGUUUGCGACGGCCGGUCCCAGCGUCUGGCACGUCCUGGGUACUGCCUUGCGGCUAGCCAGCAGCUUGGGUUUACACAAAGCCCGGCAGCCAACAACCCUAGUAGAUGAUGAAAUGUCGAAGCGCGCUUUCUGGAGUCUCUACAAUUUGGACCGGCUCAUUGCGAGCACGCUAGGCAGGCCACUAGGUUUGGCCGACGAGGACAUCACUGUCUCUCUUCCUCGUGAACUCAACGACGACUGGACUGAAACACCAGGCUCCAGCUCCAUGACUAUCCCAAUUCAGGUUAUACGACUCCGUCGCAUUUUCUCGCGAAUAUACCGUUACUGUGGGCUCUUCUCUCCUUACUCGUGUGAUCUAUCUAACAAAUUCAAAGUAUACAGCGCCAACCAACCUCCACCCACUCCUACUGAGCUUUCACUUACCCUUCGCCAUUUCCGACAAGAACUCGACGACUGGCGGACGAGUAGCCCUAUAUACCCUCCUGCUCUCCUCUACUCAACCAGCUACUACGACUAUCUUCAUGCGACAACGCUUCUACUUCUCUACCGACCAAGUCCUCGCAACCCAACGCCCGACCCAACCAGCAUCAUCAGCUGUGGCAGUGCCAGCAUUGCCGUUAUUCGUUCCUACUGGGAUAGUUACUCCAUCGGGAAGCUGAAGUGGAUAUGGCUGACUCUGAGUCAACUCUAUUUCGCUGGUAUCACAAUCCUGUGGUGCCUGAACCGAAACUUCCACUCCGUCAAUGAGGGUCUUGGUCCGGUGUGGGAGCCCGACGAGCAGACAAUGCGGCGGGCCAUUCAAGCUGUUGUUGUUAUUCUGGAGGAAUUUGGAAAGCGAAGAGCUGGAAUGGACAGGUUGGCGGAGACUUUCCGCCAACAAAGUACUACGAUCUUUAGCCAUUUGGCGUACCAGCAGCAACAGCAGCAACAACGCCAGCGGGCGAUCCCACAUCAUUUCCAUCCGCCACAGCCAGAAUCGAACCCGGUAUUCAUGGCGCCCCCUGUACCACUGGCGCCGAUUCUGGAUGAUGUCUUGCUGGUGGAUGCGUCGGGCAAUAUGCCUGUCAUGGAUCCGCAGAUGGCGGAGCAAUUGUUUUACUCGUAUGAUUGGUUUCAGGAAGAGAUGGCGACGUAUUAUACCCUAUAA